GGGGGGGACGGAGGGCCGCGAAGCUCAGGGGCAGGGAGGUCCACGAAGGGAGUUGCCGCGGCUCAAAGAGGGGAAGAGGGUAGAACCGGUGUGGGCAACCUUGGGGACCGCCUGAUCUUUAGGAGUUCAAUUCCCAGAAGGCCCCCUCCAGCAGUGUCAAUGCUAAGGGAUGGUGGGAGUUGUAGUUUAAAAAAAAACGUUGAGGUCCAAAGGUUGCCCACCCUUAUUGGCAAUGCCGGCAGGAGAAGAGACCCCUCAGGACCCCUGAGGAGAAGGGUGCCUUCCCUUGCACAGCUGAGCUCCAAAGAUGGUGCCAAGGACCUUGGUGAACCACCGGCUACGCUCCCUACGGUAGGCACAAACCUUACUGACCUUCUGCUAGGAAAGAAGAUCACCAUUCGAGAACUGGGGGGAUGCAUGGGCCCCAUCUGGCCCAGUUACUAUAGUGACUGCUGUUGCAUCCUGUAUAUGAUUGAUGCUGCCAAGCCUACUCAGAUUUCCUCCUCCUGUGUCCAACUAUUGUCACUCCUUUCUGCUGAACAGUUGGCAUCAGUUCCUGUCCUCAUUAUUUUCAACAAGAUUGACCUCCCCUGCUACAUGUCCUUGGUGGAGAUGAAGUCAUUAUUCCGAAUGCAGGACAUCGUUGCCUUUGCCAAACAGCCCAUCACUGUGGUGGAGACCAGUGCACGUGUGGGCACUGGCUUAGCCAAUGUGUUGCAGUGGUUUCAUUCCACCUUGCGUGGUUAAGAUGGAACUUUUCUAGCCAUUGGAGACAGACAGCUCUUCAACUCAGGGAAUUUAAUGGGACAAGAAGCAGAAGACAGCUAGGCAAAGGUAACUGAACUUGUUAGCUGGAGAUGUGAAUGAAGAAGUGACAGCAGACAAAAUGUACACCCCCUGCGGGCAGAGGGAACAAGGUUGCGGCCACAAACCUGAUAUAGUUUUAACCUGAAAGUAUGUAUUUCCAUAUUUAAAUUAUUCAGUACAAUGUAUGUUUUGUUUGGCAUGUUGAGAAGCCUUUAUAAUGUAGCAGGAGAACACUUCUGUGGGAGGAAACACCAACACUAUCUGGUUACACAUUUUUUAGAGCAAUGCAAUUCAACUGCCCAUUAGGUUCAAUGCUGGUUUAACAUCUCUGCAGCUUAGAGCUUCUUUGCAUGACCCUUUUUGUGUGGAAUGCACAGUUGUUCCUUGGGAUCCAAAACCGUAGCAUUUUGUUAUGAGGACAAUGUAACUUCUCAACAUUCUAAGAGCAAUAUUGUAUAAAGAUACAGUUCUGUUACAUAUUUGUGGCUCUGUGUCAAGGGCAUAUUUUGUACAUAAAAUGAAACUCGUUUUCUGCCAAAUUCUUUUGUGAGUUACAUUAUUAGCUGCUGGCCCAUCAAACUGGCCACGUGGAAGUAGCAAAAUUGGACAGAGCAGGGGUGCAGUAAAUGAGUUCAACUGCAAAGGAUUCAGUGAGCCAGUAUUCUCAACAAGCCAAUUAGCCUGAGAAUGUUUGAAGGAGCAAAAUGAUAACUACACUCAUGUUUCUUUAUACAGUGGUGCCUCACAAGAUGAAU